ACACGCGAUCAUUUAGAGGCAACAACGGAAUCUGAAACUGUGUUUACUGAGAGCCAGUUAGCUGAUAUAGAGCCAUCAUCGUCUCUUACAGUUGUGCGUAAGAACAUUGAGUAUCAAGAUCAAGUUGAAACUGCUGGAUGUGAGUUAAUUGAAGGUUCAGAACCUCAAGUUCAAUUAGAGUCAUCCGCAGAGCCAGAGGAAGACAUGCACGUUCAGUUAGAGGCAGUAAAUACACCUGAAACCUCAGAGCUAGUGGAAGGUACACGCGAU